AUGGAGAAGGGGUACAGCACGGUCGCUUUCGACGGGGCGCCCAGCUACGCCCACACGCCCUCGCACCACGCGCCGCAGUUCCCCAACCACUCCUUUAAGCACGAGGACCCCAUGGGUCAGCAGGGCUCGCUGGGCGAGCAGCAGUACUCCGUGCCGCCCCCGGUCUACGGCUGCCACACCCCCACCGAGAGCUGCCCCGGCAGCCAGGCCCUGCUGCUGAGGACGCCCUACAGCAGUGACAAUUUAUACCAGAUGACCUCCCAGCUUGAAUGCAUGACCUGGAAUCAGAUGAACCUAGGAGCCACCUUAAAGGGAAUGGCUGCUGGGAGCUCCAGCUCAGUGAAAUGGACAGAAGGGCAGAGCAACCACAGCACAGGGUAUGAGAGCGAGAACCACACGACCCCCAUCCUCUGUGGUGCCCAGUACAGAAUACACACCCAUGGCGUCUUCCGAGGCAUCCAGGAUGUACGGCGUGUCUCUGGAGUGGCCUCCACGCUUGUCCGGUCGGCCUCUGAAACCAGCGAGAAACGUCCUUUCAUGUGUGCGUACCCGGGCUGCAAUAAGAGAUAUUUCAAGCUGUCCCACUUACAGAUGCACAGCCGGAAGCACACUGGUGAGAAACCAUACCAGUGUGACUUCAAGGACUGCGAGAGACGGUUUUCUCGCUCAGACCAGCUCAAAAGGCACCAAAGGAGACACACAGGUGUGAAACCAUUCCAGUGUAAAACUUGUCAGCGAAAGUUUUCCCGGUCCGACCACCUGAAGACCCACACCAGGACUCAUACAGGUAAAACAAGUGAAAAGCCCUUCAGCUGUCGGUGGCACAGUUGUCAGAAAAAGUUCGCGCGGUCAGACGAGUUGGUCCGCCAUCACAACAUGCACCAGAGAAACAUGACCAAGCUCCAGCUGGCGCUUUGAGGGGCCCAACCCAGGGACAGCUCGGCAUCCCAGGCCGAAGGUGAAGACUCUUCCGAAUCUGCUUUUGAUA